AACAGUAAAACACCGUAGAAGGAAGUUUAGUGUUACAGUGAAACCUAACAAUGGAGAAGCGAAGCAGAGACGACAAGAUUGCCGGAGGAGUUAGGCCGCCGCCUCACUCCCGACCGCUCCCGGUCACCGGUUCCGCCGGUGGACGUCCGGGCCCUCCGCCGCCUCACUCAAGAGCUCCGCCACCGGUUAUCCCUCGCCCCCGAUUCGAACCCGUUGAUCGCGAAAAGACUUGCCCUUUGUUGCUUCGCGUUUUCACGAAGCUUGGAGGCCAUCACAACGAAGAAGAUUUUGCAGUGAGGGGCAAGGAACCCAAAGAUGAGGUUCAAAUUUAUACAUGGAAAGAUGCAACACUACGCGAGCUAACUGAUCUUGUCAAAGAGGUAGCUCCAGCAGCUAGGAGAAGAAAUGCAAAACUAUCCUUUGCCUUUGUAUACCCUGAUAAACGUGGUCGUUUCGUGUUGAAACAGGUGGGGAUGACACAUUCUUGUGGAAAUGGGAGACGAAUAGACGAUGACAAGGCAUUGGGUGGGCUUGAUUUCCAGAUUGGGGAUUAUUUGGAUGUGGCUAUCAUAUAGAGAAUAAAGUUGGUGAUGUUUGCUUUUCGGUGCCAUAUUUGGAAGGGGUCUCUGAUCUAUCAGUCGUUUUUGGGAGUUAGUUUGAUUUGCUGUUUCAGGAGGAUGUGUUUAUAUGCUACAAUGCUGUGUAGGUGCUGAUUUGUAGGUUAUAAGUAUGUUAAACAUUGGAAAAUAUUGCUUUAUAUGAAUUUUUAGUACAGAAGGAUGCUUACUGCUUGAA